AUGAGCUCCACUGAAACCGCAUUUGCCUACGAGGAGCCCUCCGUUCACAUUAUUCUCAAUCAAUCCGGCUUCCUGCUAGUCCUCAAUUUGGUCAACGUCUGCCUGGACAAACUGCUCUACUGCGGGCUUAUCGGCCAGCUCUUCAUCGGCAUUCUCUGGGGUACCCCCGGGGCGAAAUGGCUCAGCGACGACGCGGAGACCGUGAUUCAGCAGCUCGGGUACCUUGGCUUAAUUCUGUUGGUCUAUGAAGGAGGUCUCUCGACUUCACUCUCUUCGCUGCGAGCGAACCUCUUCCUUUCGGUCGCCGUGGCAUUGACCGGGAUCGCUACCCCCAUGGCUCUCUCCUUCAUCCUCAUGGAACUGGUCUCAGCGACUCCCUUACAGGCCUUUGCUGCUGGAGCGGCCCUCAGUGCGACCAGUCUGGGGACCACGUUUACCAUUCUUUCCACCACGGACCUUGUCAAGACACGGCUGGGUGUUGUAACUACGAGUGCAGCGAUGCUCGACGAUGUUGUAGGGCUUGUGAUGGUUCAAAUCAUCACGAACCUUGGUGGCGGUGGCGGCGAUUCAUUCAGUGCGGUGACUGUCAUUCGACCGAUCUUCGUGUCGCUCGCCUUUGGUGUGGGCGUCGUGCUUGUCUGCCGGUACGGUGUGACGCCUACCCUGCGGGUCCUCUUCUUGCACCGCGACAAAUUUCCCAAUGCUCUGAAGACAGUCCAGUUUGCUUUCCUGGCUUAUACGUGUCUCUUGGUGGGGCUGGUUGCUGGUGCUACCUACGCAGGGACAUCUAGUUUGUUUGCUGCAUAUCUUGCGGGUGUCUCAGCGACGUGGAUCAGUGACUUCUUCGAGCAAAGCUCAGCAGCCGAACAUCACACUUGUUUGGGAUCUACUGCUGGAUACGAAUUGAGGACUCAGAAUGCCUCCCAGGAGCGUGCGUCCAGCCAGGGAAGUGUGACUUCCGAGCGGGAUGGGCAAGGAAACCCCUCGCAAUCCGGUGACAUGACCUCGUCUUGUGCAGAAUAUCCCACUGGCUCGCUGAUUUACGAGAGGUACUAUGCGGAACCAGCCAAGAGAAUCUUAAUUCCGCUCUUCUUUGCCUCGAUCGGAUUUGCUGUCCCAAUCACGGAAAUGUUCAAGGGGGAUAUUGUCUGGAGAGGGGUCAUCUACGCCAUUCUCAUGUUCCUAGGGAAAGUCGUGACAGGUACCUGGCUGGUCAGAUUUACCUUCGGGCCGGUGUCGAGCUUGGUUCGGACAUUGACAGCAUUCUUCUCCUACGUCAAACUGGUCUGUGCCCGUUCACCGCAGGCUAAAACAGCAAAGGUGAAGAACAAGACGGCAAAGAAAGAGAAAGCACGCUCGAGGGACUCGAACACUGUAGCCACAGAUCAAUCCACAGAUAAGGUCGCUGGUAGCGGUACGUCGGCGUCGAACGGCAACAAUUCUUCCCAGGGAGCUUCCGCCAGCUCAACUGCGAGAGAUCAUCCAGGGCCUGAACGUGCCAGCUCGUCUAGCUCUCUUCCCCCCAAACCCAAAUCUCUGUAUCCAUCGUCAAUAUUGGGUCUGGCAAUGGUAGCGCGAGGGGAGGUAGGCUAUCUCAUUGCGUCUCUCGCAGAAUCGAAGGGGAUUUUCGGUCAAGGCCCAACUGGCGGCUCGUCAGACACUUAUCUGGUCGUGGUUUGGGCGAUCUCGAUCUGCACCCUUCUUGGUCCCAUUUGUGUAGGUACGCUCGUCCGAAGGGUAAAGACCCUGCAGCAACAGCGGACCAACUCGGGUGGCCCAGAUCCGCUGGGCGUGUGGGGCAUUUGA